AUGUCCUAUAUACCUGGCCUCACCCUUCCCUCCUCAGUCUUCUCCAAUGCUCCCUUAUCGAUAUUGCUGCCGCUUGGACUCGGCCUAGGGUCUGGACUUGUCUCGCAACCUGGAAGAAUGAGCCCAAAGAAAUUCUCGGACACUGGUGCUAAAGAGAUAGGAAAGUUCAGAACCACAGAGGAACAAUACCUGGCAUUGAAACAGCCACCUUUCAGACCACCUCCUUGGGUAUUCGCCCCUGCCUGGUCGACAUUGUACUUGACGAUGGGAUAUGCAGCUCACCGAGCAUGGAACACGGGAAUGGCAAGCUUGAGUCCUCAGGUAGUUGAACACACUAGAACAGGCGCGACCUUGUACACCAUCCAGCUUGGCUUGAAUCUGAUCUGGAUGCCUUUGUUCUUCGGUUUGGGGAGACCGAUCGAGGCUAUGCUGGACGUAGUCACCUUGACUGGGACAGUGGGCUAUCUGACUUAUGUCUGGAGCAAAGUGGACAAAACAGCAGCUUAUCUAAUGGCUCCGUACCUUGCAUGGUUGGGGUUUGCGACAUACUUGACCGCCGGGACCGGUCAUCUCAACGGCUGGACAAUGACCAGCAGAGAGCAAAAAGAAGAAGCUGUCGAAACGAAGGACUCGUGA